ACGAUCACGCGCGACUGCGAAGCGAACGCUUCGGAGGGCGUCGAACGGCCGCCAGCCGCGCUUCGACCCGCCGGUCACGUGACGCCGCCGCACCGCGGCGACGCGUGCAGUGCCCGACGGCGGCAGAAGCAGCGCGCACUGCCAACCGCAACAUGUUCGCUCUCGUGACGCCGUCACCGCCGCCGCCGCCGCCGAUUAUACUCGUGCAGCAGCAACGCAGCGAGGAAGCGUCGCCACGGCUGCGACGCCGCAACAGGGACAAGGCGUUCCCCGUCGAGGAGUUCGUGGACGCCGUGCAGCAACACCGCUUCCUCUUCGACCGCAACGAGCCGGAAUUCAAGAACGUCGCCAUGAAGGAGGCCAUGUGGGAAGCCAUCGGUCAGCAGUUCGGAAUAUCAGGCAACAAGGCGAUGAGCAAGUGGCGCAACAUGCGUGACAAGUACUUCAAGCUGCGCAAGCAGGAGCUGCUGAACCGGCGCCUGUGCACGCCACGCUUUCGGAAGCCGGUCAAGGUGUGGCCCUUCUACCACGUGAUGCGCCAGCUGUUCGAUAGCAAGAACGCCGCGACGCUGGAAGACUCGCAACCGGAAGCAGCCGGAGGCCAGGAAGACUUGGUGGCUGAGCUGGCGUUUGACCCCACCUGGAUCACGAACAGCAAUGCCGACGCUCACGACCCCGAGUUGGCUUCCAUCAUGACCUUGCACAUGGAUAACGGGACAGCGGUGUCGGUCAAGCAGGAGCCACCGGACGAAACGGAUGCAUUGGAACACGAAGCCAGCCUGGUGGUCUCCGGCGGCAAAGACGGGCCAGCCGUGGACAGUGAUCACGAAGACCUGGAGACGCUGGCAUCACUGCAGCGCAGCAUCACAGUGGCCAGGGCACUCUUUCACAAACGGCGCAAAGACUUCAAGAAUGCCGUUGAGUCGUUCGAGCCCCGUCCGGCUUCUGUUGAAACCUCCGAUCACCCAGGCGGAGACUGUGACACCCUCCAGUGCGAUGCGCGCACACAGACGGUAACACCCCCGCCUGUGACGGCUGAAGACGGCCUCGAACAUUUCGGUCUCUUUGUGGCCCAGAGACUGCGCAUGACGGACCCAGUGACGCAAGCACGUCUCAUGUCAUCCAUCUUAAAGCUAGUUGUCGAAGCACCAAGUGGGCUUUCAGAAUGAUUGUGCGAAUGAUGUCUUCAGCAUCGCUUUCCAAUUGCAUCGCCUACUUUGAAACAAAAAGGUGCAUUGCUUAGUGGGUUCAUCCCGUCGCCAGUAAGAACGCUCAUAAUGAAAAAAAAAUUUAUGCAGGCAGAACGCAAUGUUGGCACCUAAACGAAACGAAGCUUUUGUGAUAUUGACCCUUUUCGCAGAGCAGUUUGUUCUAUAGGAACGAGAUGGUGCUUUCAGCAGCGCGCUGCAUGUCGCGCGACAGUGCAUACAUACGAAACCAUCACGGCUUUGACCUUGCUUCUGUGCCAUCGGCUGUCGGAAAUGAAACUAAGUUUUUGCUAAUUCACUGUGCUGCAAUCAUGCCAGAUUGAAUCAUGUGAAUUGAAGACAUGUGCAGUAGUUGGCUGCAAAAAUAGUGACUGGCAUAUUAAAUAAGGGGAUGAA